CCCCGCCCCCCCCCCAUGCAGCGCCGCGACGACCCCGCCGCCCGCAUGGGCCGGGGCCCGGGGCCCGGCGGCGGCGGCGGCGGUGCCCGGCAAGGCUCAGCCCCUCCGCGGCGGCCGCCCCGGGGCGGGGGAGGCCGCGGGGCCGGCUCCGGGGCGCAGCCGCCGCCGCCGCUGCUCCCGCCCAGCGCCGCGGGCACGGCCUCGGCCGCUCAGGGCCCUGCCGCCGCCGCCUCCUCCUCCUCCUCCUCCUCCUCCUCCGCCGCCCCCACCCCGCUGCUGCCCGGGGCCGGCGGGAAGCUGGAGCCCGAGAACAAGUACCUGCCCGAGCUGAUGGCCGAGAAGGACAGCCUCGACCCGUCCUUCACGCACGCCAUGCAGCUCCUCACCGCAGAAAUUGAAAAAAUUCAGAAGGGUGAAACAACAAAGAAGGAUGAGGAAGAGAACUACCUGGAUUUAUUUUCUCACAAGAAUAUGAAACUGAAAGAACGAGUUCUGAUACCUGUCAAACAGUACCCCAAGUUCAAUUUUGUUGGAAAGAUUUUGGGACCUCAAGGCAACACCAUCAAGAGACUUCAGGAAGAAACUGGUGCUAAGAUAUCUGUGCUUGGGAAGGGUUCAAUGCGAGAUAAAGCAAAGGAGGAAGAACUACGUAAAGGGGGAGAUCCUAAAUAUGCUCAUCUAAAUAUGGAUUUGCAUGUCUUCAUCGAAGUUUUUGGACCCCCUUGUGAAGCGUAUGCUCUGAUGGCUCACGCCAUGGAAGAAGUCAAGAAGUUCCUUGUCCCAGAUAUGAUGGAUGAUAUCUGUCAGGAGCAAUUCUUGGAGCUCUCCUAUCUGAACGGUGUACCAGAGCCAACUCGUGGCCGAGGAGUCCCUGUGCGGGGAAGGGGAGCAGCUCCGCCACCACCUCCGCCUGUUCCAAGGGGGCGUGGUGUUGGGCCGCCUCCUCCUCCUCCUCGGGGGGCCCUGGUGCGAGGAGCCCCGGUGCGGGGUGCCAUUGCCAGAGGAGCUGCCGUAGCCCGCGGAGUGCCUCCUCCCCCGGCAGUACGGGGGGCUCCUGCACCCAGAGCACGUGCAGCCGGCAUUCAGAGGAUACCGCUUCCUCCUCCUCCCGCACCAGAAACCUAUGAGGAAUACGGCUAUGAUGAUGCAUAUGCAGACCAGAGCUAUGAGGGGUACGAAGGGUACUACAGCCAGGGCCAAGGGGACACAGAAUACUAUGAUUAUGGACACGGGGAGGCACAGGAAACCUAUGAAGCUUAUGGCCAAGAUGACUGGAAUGGAACAAGGCCCUCCCUGAAGGCCCCGCCAGCUAGGCCGGUGAAGGGGGCCUACAGAGAGCACCCAUACGGACGUUACUAAAAACAAACAUGAGGGAAAAAUAUCAGUUAUGAGCAAACAGUUGUUACUGAUUCUUGUAUCUCCCAGGAUUCCCGUUGCUUUACCCACACCAGACAAGUAAUUGUCUAACUGUUUUUCUUCGUGGCCCUUUUUCUCCCACUCCAUCCUCACCCUGCAUUCUGGCUUCUGUACGUAGUAUUUUAAAAUGAGUUAAAUAGACUUAGAGGACCGACUUUAAUUUUUUUUAAGUGUGUAGAUUGCUUCUCUUUCUUUGUUGUUUAGAUAAACACAACUGUACCUUUUUUAAUAAAAAAAAAAAGUUGAGUUAAAAAUGUUAGUUUCAAAAGUGACAUGCUUGCUUAGCAGUUAUGAAAUUAAGGUUUUGUUAACCUUUUAAGUUCGGUUUUAAGGAACCCAUAAAAGUUGUAGUUGCAGAAUCCCAAAGUAGGCUACAUUUCAAAAUUCAGGGCUGUUUUUAAGAAUUAAAAUCAUAAUGUAACGGUAGUAGUUGCCACCGUUUAAAAGUAACCUCAGAUGUCAAACUUUACUUAAAAGCAGAUUGCUGGUGAAUCUUAAGUUUAAAUUUUAAUACAAAGGAUCCUCAAGCAAAUUAAAUAGCAUUUUUUUAAAGGUGAUUGACAUAAAAGAAAAAAUUAGGUUUGUAAAAUUGACUUUUCUUAUGUGGGUUUUGAAAUCUAGCCCCGAACAUGCGGUGUUGAGAGAUGCUUGGGAAGCAGAUUUUCCAGUGUAAAGGGGUUCUUAGCCUGGUUCGAUAUGAAGAACUUUUAAAAGGAAAACAAAUUAAAGCAUGGCUCUAAUUGCCCGGUGUUUGAUAUUAGAAAACAGAGUACUAAGUGAGUAGGUUUGAACUCUGUAAAAUUACAGUCUUCUCAUGUUUAUAGGGUUUGGGGCAGAUAAUACAGUGCAAGUUUAAAACUGACAAAACUGUCAGUAUUAGCAAUCCCAUUGACUUGUUCAAGUGUAUCUCAACACUAGCUUUGCAUAAAAAGGGACACUGCAGCUGAAAAAAGAGGAAAAUUUUCACGUUGUACAUAGGUUAAAGUCCUAAUUGGAUUUGUACACUGUCCUCCCAACUCUGUUCUUGAAGAUUAAAUGCUACAUGUGUAAGUCUGCCUAAAUAGGUAGCUAAAACUUGUCAAAAUGUCUGCCGCAGUUUGUCAAUAAAGUUUAGUCCUUUUUUAAUCAAAGUAAAUGUGAUGAAUUGUCAUUUUUUUUGUUGAGCAGUAAAAUAGCUAUUAUUUUUCAAAUAAUUUUAAAUUAAUGCUAAAGCUAAUUGUCUUUUUAAAAUAUGGAGACAUUCUAAAAAUGGUGGUUUUUUUUGCAAUUCUUACAAAAAGUUUAUCGAGCUCACUGAAUGAGCUUAAUUUAAAAAAGAAAAAAGGAAAAGACAAAAAAAAAAUUUGUUUUUCACCCCCUGGAAGUUCUUGAAAGCAGUUUGAUCCUAGACUGUUGCAGAAAUCUGGCUGGAAAGUGUUCAUGGAGCUCCACUGAAUUAAAGAUUCAGGUUUCAGGUGGCCUCACAGAGCGUGCCAGACUGCAGGCUCCAGGCUGGGUCUGAAAUGGCUGGUGUAAAUGUAACGUGACAAAACGAAUGCUGAGAACUCCGAGGCUUAGCUGCCACCAGGAGGAGGAGGAAGCUUGCUUUGUUCACGUAAACUCCCCUAACCCACUGGGCUAGGAUGCUGCCCUUCCUGCUUUAAGGUAGCCUUUACCUGGAAAGCCACUUCCAAAUGUUACCCCUGUUUGGGAAGGGUGCUGCAGCUGCUCCUCAAAUCCUUCUGACAGGGUGUGUAUGUAUUUGUGUAUACAUCAGCUGUAACUUUAAACUGUUGCUUAGAGAGACGUGAAAACCGGUUUGUAUUUCCCAAUUGCAAGGUGAAUCUGGCAUUCUAGGGGGAGAGAACUAAACUGCUCGGGGGUGAAAAAUAGAGCAGUAGGAAACAAACUGCUUGCAGCAGUGCAUGACUGAGGGGAAUACUUUAAAACAAAAAGUUGUAUUUGUAGAUUGUUAUUAAAGUGCAAAUAACUGAAUUUUCAACAAUGGUUUGGAGUCAGCUUUCAGGGCAUAAUGUCUUGCUUGAUGAAAAGAUCACCCUAUGCCCCCCUUUUAAAGGAAAAUUAUCGCAGGAGAAUCAGGAUGUGUAAAGCUAACAUGCAUCGCAAAACCCAAAAGGAGUCAAGAGUGCAUCGCUGUGAAUCGCUUGGGGGACGAUGAGCAGGGGCAACACGAAGUGGGCACAACUUUUAUAUCAAGUGGAAAAGAUUUGAUAGAGAUCAUCUAUUAUGAUGCAAUUUUUUACCAGUAGACGUGGAUCUUGUGACACUGCCUUUGGAGUAAUACAGUUUGCUUAUGCGUUGCAUUUGUUGCAUAUUUAUGUGGAAAAAAUUGAAUGUUACGGAGGAAUGUAAAUCUUAAUAUAUUGAAAAUAACUGUAUAUGCUAAAAAUAUUUCAAAAACAUGCCCUGCACCAGAUAUCUUCCUCCCUCUCAAAGCAUUACUACAUUCAGAUUUUAGCCUAGAGUCUGCAAAAUCUAAUUCGAGAUCCCAAAAUAGCCAUCAGCAUCGGAUGUGUGUCUCAGAGAUGCUCUAAUUAGCCAGACAUUCCGGGGGUGAUGCAGGACUCACUGAAAUACGUGAGGGGUAGAGAUUCCUCCGAGUGCUGAAGUCUGAGUCACCUCGACAACCUCCCUUUACGCUGACACUUAGCCACUGGAGGGGGCAUUCUGCUGGCCGUGGGCAGACAAGUGCAGGUGAGCUUUAGUCUCCUGCUUUGCCCAAAGAACUAAUUCACAUCUCGUUAUUUGUAGGACUGUGCUAAAUGCCAUAAGCAGUAAAAGCCCCCAUUAUGCACGGUACUGUACAGUGCGAUGUACGACACGGUCACGUCUCCUCCGCGGAAGUGUUUCCCAGCAGUACUGCUCUUCCCAAGGGAAGCUUGGCUCCAGAAACCUCCUCUUGCUGCAGAACACCCCCUGCCUCAGCAGUCCCACCCUCUCUGGCCCUUGCUCUGGGGGGCUGCUGCUUCCUCAGCCUCUAGUCCAGCCUGGGGUGUAACUGCUCAGGCUGGCCCUGCGUGGAGCUGGUACAGCCCCAGACUUCCCACUUCUUCCGUGGGGUCUCGCCACGUGCAGUGGUUCGCAGCCAGCGUCUUGGUCAGCAGCAGGAGUGUGAACCUGAGCUGCCAGGAAAAUGCUCUGCCUGCUAUUGCAGAGGUGUCCCGAGUAGCUUGCCCUGGAGGGAUGCUGUCAUACUGUGCCCAUUCCUUACCCCUGGUUUCAAGUUGCUGUUUAGAUUGUUAGAUAAAGCGAAUGAUUACGAGCUUUAUUUUAUAACUUUCUAUUUUUUUUAACUUAAAACACAGUGUUUUCAGUAAGGCUAAAAACCUGCCUUGAUGUGGCCCUUUGUAAAACUCCAAAUUUGGCAAGUUGGGUCCAGCUUGGAUUUCGGAGCACAGCUGGAUUCCCUAUUUGGCUGUUAGAGCAGAUGAUUCUUUCUGUAUGGAAUGAGUUUUUAAUUUUGUAUGAGAGCAUCUGUCACGGACAGAGCCAAGAAAAACAAUUUAAAUGUGCACAUCUUCCCUUCUUCACCCCACACCGCUGCUCUCCUAAGCAGCACGUGGGCAGAGGGCGAUCCCUGCACCUGUGCCAGACCCUCAGAGCGGCCCUAAAGGAAAAGAGACCAGCUGUGCCCUGUGUGCUGGGAGCUGCCCGGGAGAACAGGAGGUGCUGCUCACACAGCUCCUCUCUCGGCUGCGAGGAACCAAGCACAUAUGGUGCUUCUGGGGAGCAAGGCGAGGCUCAGGGAAAUCCCGCUUUAAUGGAUAAACCCGUAACAUCUUGAAUGAGAUGUUGGACACGAGCCCCACUUGUAAGCUUUGAGGGGGAGGAAUUUCUGCAGGCUAGUCAGGGCCCGUGGGGAGCUGCCAUCUCAAAUGUAGAUAUUAUUCCUCUUUUGUGCUCAGGAAGCUCGGUUCUGUGAGCGCAGUGCAGAAACCUUUGCUGCUGCUGCUCAGUUGAGCCUUCCGCUGCUGCCAUAUGUUUCAACAGCAAUGUUUGUCUCCACGCUCACUCUGCUCCUUCUGCAAAGUGGGAUGGAGCUCAGAGGAGUUGGUGGCAGAGAUGGUAAAGGAGCAUGGUUAAGAUGCCGUUGGCUUUCCUGUGACUGGGAAACGGGACUGCCAGCGUUCGUUGGGAGUGCUGGCGAGCACCAGGACCUCCUUCAGCUGCCCCAAAAGCUGGAGCGCGAGGGCUGCGACGCUGGUUUCCAGUGAAGCUGCUACUUCUGCUGCUGGCUUUACAACGCAACGCCACCAAAGGCGUGUGCGUGGUGCUGCACACAGACCUGUUUUUAAUAUGGCACUGGUGCAUCCUGCCUGCCGGUGUUAGGGCUCCGUCUGAACACUGCGGGGCUUGAUGGCUCUGCACAGCAUAGGUUCCAAACCCAGUAAAGAACGGAAGAUUGGUCCCAUGAAAGUUCAUUAACUUCAGCAGUGGCUUUGCCUCCAGCCUAGGCAGGGGUGGCUCUCCCCAUUGUGUAACGCUCCAUCUGCACUGAAGCAUCAAACGCCCACGAGUCGAGGAAUUCAAUGAAAAAUACAGCAAGUGGUUGGUAAAGAUGGUGAAGACUGAUCAAGGUGAAUCACAGCGUUAAAAUAACUUGUAUAGGAAACUGGCGAGCCCUCGCACGGCUGCUGUUUAGCAAGAAGUGUUGAGCAGAUGUUGGAAAUGAUUACUCACCCCUUACAAUAAAGGCCUAACGUUGGCUAUUUUGGCUUUCAA